AUGGACGAGGAUGACGAUGGAAUACGAGAUGUACCGAAGUAUACACGACUAUAUUACACUCUUCAUAUUCUCCAAAUAACAAAGGCAAACGCAUGGUCUGUGGCCUGUACCCAUGAGCCACGUGGCGCCAUGACAUGGCCAAUGCUGCCAGAGUGGAAUCUUGGAUUUGCACCGAAGGAAUCGCUGCCACUGAUUCCGACGAUGACAUUGGUUCCGUGA